AUGGCGAUAAGAGAAAUCGUUACAGUUCCGCAGAUUUUUGCGGUGGUGUUGUUAUUGUUGACGGUUAAUUACGGCGAAGCUAUAUGGUUGACGAUUCCGCCGUCGGGAGGAACGAAGUGUGUCUCCGAGGAGAUACAGAGCAACGUUGUUGUAUUGGCUGAUUACUAUGUUGUCGAUGAGCAUAAUCCUGAGAACACACCGGCUGUUUCUUCUAAGGUUACAUCUCCUUAUGGGAACAAUCUUCAUCACCAAGAUAAUGUAACACAUGGCCAGUUUGCGUUCACAACUCAAGAAACCGGGAACUACUUGGCUUGUUUCUGGAUUGAUGCCAGUCACCCGCAGCCCAAUCCUAUAACCCUUGGGAUUGAUUGGAAGAUGGGUAUCGCAGCCAAAGAUUGGGACUCUGUUGCUAAAAAAGAAAAGAUCGAGGGUGUUGAGCUUCAGUUGAGGAGACUAGACGGAUUAGUGCAKGCGAUUCGUGAGAACAUAAAUUAUAUAAAAGACAGGGAAGCCGAGAUGCGAGAAGUGAGUGAAGGAACAAACUCAAAAGUGGCUUGGUUCAGUAUUAUGUCCCUCGGGGUUUGCCUUUUGGUUGCGGGUACACAGAUAUGGUACCUGAAGCGUUAUUUCCAUAAGAAGAAACUUAUCUAA